CUUAAAUCCUUCAUUCCAUUUUCAGUUUGCAUACAUGGUCAAUUUCCCUCCAUUUCUCCUCGAACCUUACCAUAAUGGUCACCGUUGCAAUCGCUGGAGCCACCGGCCACAUUGGCAAGGCUAUCUUCGAUGUCGUGAAAAAAAGCCAAGCUCACAAAGUCAUUGCUCUGUCCCGCAAGGCACCAACCGACCAUGACACUCACACUGUUGUCGUGGACUAUAAUAACAUCGACUCGGUGGCUGACAUUCUUGAAAGCAAUGGAGUUCACACAAUAAUCUCUGCUAUUCUAGUCAAAGAUGAUGAGUCUGGGGCUUCAGAGAUCAAUCUCGUCAGGGCUGCUAGCAAAUCACGACCGACAAAGCGCUUCGUCGCGAGUGACUACUCAGCUCCCAUUCCAGAAGAAAAACAAUUCGGGCGUAUUCUCGCUCGAGCCGGCACAGCCAAGGAGCUGCGCCAAACGGAUUUGGAAUGGACGUCUAUCCGCAUCGGGCAGAUUUCCGACAGCUUCGGCAUCCCGCACAUUAAGAGCUACUUGCCUUUUCUCCCCAUCAACAUCGACGUGGCCAACAAAGCAGCAGCUAUUCCAGGCUCGGGAAACGAUGUCAUUGCUUACACUUACAGUUUCGACAUGGCGCGGUUCCUCGUUGCCGCACUGGACCUGCCCAAGUGGGACGAGGAUCUGUUCUGCUACAGCGACAAGGUUACGCUCAAUGAGGUUGUCAAGUUGGCAGAGAAGAUAACAGGGUCCAAGUUCGAUGUGGCAUAUGAUAGCGUCGAGAAGCUUCAACGGGGAGAAAUGACGGAACUCCCAGCGCAUGUUGAGUCGUACUCGGUGCUUCCAAAAAAGAUCCUCCAGGCGAGCUUUGCCGCCUAUAGUUUGUACGCAAUCGAUGGAUUGUAUGACUUUCCAAAGGAAAGUACCUUGAACGCAAAGUUUCCCGAGAUCAAGACGACGACCAUUGAGGACAUGUUGAACCUUUGGAAGAGCAAAUGA